CGAGUUGGCCCCUGAUGAACUUUCAGCUAGACCUACAACUCGAUAUCGAGAAAAUAAUAUUGUAUAAUUCACCAUAUUUUACGGCAAAAUCUGGAUUUAAAUGGAUUGCAUUUAAAUUAACAGGUACAUAUGAGGAAUAAGGAUUAUGUUGCUGAUACAAUCGAAGUGAAAUAGAUGGGAUUUUAUGACGAUACAACGUGGAUUUGAGUGAUCUUUUUCACCUAAUUUUUUCAACAUGGAGGUGCCCGAAAUUGAUCCGGAUUUUGAACCCCAGUCUCGUGUAAGAUCAAAUACAUGGCCCCUGAGGCCCGUGACAUUUAUUGACGAAGAACAAGGAGGGAGCAGUCCUUCUGCAAAUGUAGAUUCUGAAGAGAGAGACGUAGUAAAGGCAGAACUUGGAGUUAAUGUAAAUAAAGCGAAGGCAACAUCGAGAAGAAAUGCAUGGGGAAAUUUAUCCUACGCUGACCUCAUUACGAAGGCGAUCCAAUGUUCUCCUGAGCAGAGAUUGACACUAUCACAGAUCUAUGACUGGAUGGUGCAAAAUGUUCCUUACUUUAAAGACAAGGGAGACAGCAAUAGCUCUGCAGGAUGGAAGAACUCCAUACGUCACAACCUGUCCCUUCACAACCGGUUUAUGCGUGUACAGAACGAAGGUACUGGUAAGAGCUCCUGGUGGGUUAUAAAUCCCGAAGCUAAACCUGGUAAAAAUCCCCGUCGAAGAGCGACAUCUAUGGAUACAAAAACGUAUGAAAAGAAACGUGGCCGUGCUAAGAAAAAGGUCGCAGAGCUGCGGGCAGCUUUAGAAGGCUCUCAGAGUCCUAAUUCCACGAUUUCAGAGGCAUAUUCAGAGACUGACUUAUUACCCGAUUCUCCUCUUCACGGCUUCCAACUCAGUCCGGAGUUCCGUCAGCGAACUAGCAGUAACGCUUCUAGCUGUGGAGGACGGCUAUCGCCUAUUCCUUCAUUUGUAGAUUUAGAGGAGAAUCAGGUGCCGCCAAUGUCACCAUUACAAUGGGAUAAUAUGGGAAGCUCGGGAAAUUUAAGCAACAGUGGGGUGUCGUUCAGUACGACACAAGAUCAGUAUGGAACACUGACUGACUCCCUUAGUGAUGGUCUAGCAGAUAUCAUGAAAUUAGAUGGUGGAGUUAGGUUGCAGAAUGAGGGCGGUUUGAUGACUGAUCUCCUAAACAGCCCUCUCACAUCUCAACAGACCCAACAGUUGUUAGCGUCAAACAAUGGAUUCAACACUACAGCAUAUAACAACCUUGGGGCACCUCCCCCUUACCCCCAGCAGCCAUCCCCCACACGUCCACAGCAGAACCUACAACAGAUCAAUGCGGGUCCUUUCUCCCCUGCACAGGCCCAACAGAAUCCUGGGGUGAACUCAAGCCAGAUGAAUUUUCAGUCCCAAUCAGCUCUUCAGGAGCUCUUAUCUGCUCCUGACACCCCACAGAGUUUUAAUCAACAAGACCCUAUCAUGGGACAAGACCCUAUGAUGUCAGUCAGUGAUAGAAAUGGUAGCAGUAACGGUCCCAGCAAUGAUCAAUUCUCCCGCAACAACAGUGCCUUCCAAAACAGAGGAAGUCAGAACCUGAUUGGUGGGAUACAGUCACAACAAGCGCGACUUAGCAACGAGCGUGACUCACUUUUGAGGGCUGCGUUGACACAGCAACAACAGAAGCAGAUUCGACUAGAGCAGGCGCGACAACAGCAACAACAACAGCUGCAACAGCAGCAGCAGUUAAUAAACCUUUCCAAUCAGAAUGCUAUGGAAACCCAAAUGAUUACUGGUAACCAGGGCAACGGAGAUGGGGGUCAAUUAGGGGCAUCUAUAUCACCAAAUCCCAGUUACCCUUCGGACUUGGACCUGAUUGAUUCAAUCAACGCAGGCAUAACGUGCGAUGUUAAUGAAGUAUUACGUCAGACAAUUAAUAUGGACGGAUCAUUAGAUUUCAAUUUCGAUGGUUCGGCCCCAUUGGGGUCGGGAGGCGGCGGUGGCCCUAUGGUGCGUUAAUUAAGCAGGCGUUUAACGCGGUUAGAAACUGCUUCACAUAAUCUAUGAUACCUGGUAUCCCGUCGGGCUUUCUUUAAGCUUAAAAGGGCGUGAUCGAUGAAUUGACUGUCAUGCUGUAUAUAGGCUUCAAAUCUGAGAAGUAAGCGCCAUAUUUAAACUUCGACGAUGGUAUCAAACAUCAAGUGUUCUUCCCGGCUCUGUUAAUAGGUGUAGUGCUACCUAAAUAUGUGAAGAUAAUGCCGGAAUUCGGAAUGAAUAUUAUGCUUCGACAUCGUCAAAUCUUGAUGUGUGGAAAUGUUAUGAGUAAUAACGGAAUUAUUAUCAAAGCAACGUGUUAGGGGAAGGGGCAUCAUUGGAUGUUUUCAAACAAAGUUAAACAUCUCGCAACGUGCAAUCCAGCAUAAAAUCAGCUCAGGUCCCUUAUGGGAAAUGAAUUCAUUGAAGUAAGAAAAAAACAAAUGAACAAUGAAUCCAAUAUAAGUAUAAUUUUUGAGUGCAUUAGAUAGAUAUAAUGGAGUAUAGUUACAACUUAGAAGAAACACAGGUAGGAGAAAAGGAAACGGUUGCCAUUUUGUAUGAUAAUGUCUUCGCUGUUGUAAAACUCACCCAAUGUGUAAAUGAAAUACGUAAUCAGAUCAACUCUAAUCAGGUGAUAUCUUUGUUGCAAAUGCAAAUAGUCUGAAUUAUUUUGUGAUAAUAUUAAGUGGGAAAUAACAUGAGGAUAGGUUGAAUGGAUAUACAACUGCCAAGAAGAAAUGCAGAUGAAAGUAUGUACAGACUUAAUGAAAUUUCAAACAACCCGAAAUUGCCUUAAAUAACCUGAAAUUGUCUACAACCUGAAAUCAUGUACAACCUGAAACUGUUUACAACUUGAAAUUGUGUAUGACUUCAAACUGCAUACAACCUGAAAUUGCAUACAACCUUUAAUUGCCUACAACCUUUAAUUGCCUGAAAUUGAAUAUAGCUUGAACAAACUUCUACUCACAUAUAUAUGGAACUUAACCAAACACCUCAAAAUCUCAUGUAAAAAGUGGAAAUGUGUAUAUAGGCAUUGAAAUGUGACGUGCUGUACCUCUGAGAUGUUAUGUGAUGAAGAUAUAGCUAGAUUAUCAUUGUAAGAUUAUUUGUAAAAUCUCCAUUAUUUUCUAAAUGUAAUGGAGGCCUACAAGGGUCGAUCAAAAAGUUUCUUACCGUUGGCUCUAGAUUUUAUAAUAAAACUUUUUGAUCGACCCUUGUAUAUAGGUAUUGCUU